AUGUCGGUCCUUAGGAAGCGUACAGCAAUCUUCGUUGCUCAAGAAUUAACACCUGCAGUGCGUAUUACUCUAAGCUGUCGCACUCAACACUUUUCCCUCUUCAGCCGUCCGUCGCAGCAAUACCCUGGUCAUGUCCCAUUGAACUUUGUUGAGCGCGGUGCCCUGGCGUUCGGUUCUGCGUUCGGUGCUCUCUUAAACCCCCGACGAGCAGAUCUCAUCGCUGCCUGUGGUGAAGCAACCGCAACACCAUAUUUUAUAUACCGUCUUCGCGAUGCCAUGCUUUCAGACCCAACCGGCCGACAAAUCCUUCGUGACCGUCCGCGCAUCACCUCUGACACCCUCCCAUUGCCCUAUCUCCGCUCACUACCAGAGAACUCCGUGGGCCGUACCUAUGCGGCGUGGCUUGACCGGGAAGGCGUUUCGCCCGACACGCGCGACGAUGUAAAGUACAUCGAUGAUGAAGAGUGUGCAUACGUCAUGCAGCGGUAUCGGGAAUGUCAUGAUUUCUACCAUGCGGUAACUGGUUUGCCGACCUUUGUGGAGGGGGAAUUGGCCCUCAAAGGGUUUGAGUUUCUGAAUACGCUUAUUCCCAUGACGGGGUUGAGUAUGUUUGCCUCGGUGCGGUUGAAGCCUGCUGAGCGGGAACGGCUUUUUUCGUUGUAUCUUCCUUGGGCUGUGCGGAGUGGGCUUUCAAGUAAGGAAUUGAUCAAUGUAUACUGGGAGAAGAUUCUGGAGAAGGAUGUUGAUGAGUUGCGGCGUGAGUUGGGCAUUGAGCGACCCCCAGACAUGAGGGAGAUUCGGCGCAUGAUUAGAGAGCAGCGGAAGAGGGAAAAACAGAAGUUAGAAAAACAGUCCGCAUAG